AAUUUCCCACUCCUCGCGCAGUCGUGGAGGGUUCGGCUAUUUAACGAUGGUCUGGCGUCCCCUUCGAGCGUCCCUCUUCUUUUCUUCUCUCUUCAGCUCACACAAGCCAAUUCAAGCUCUAGCUCUUUGACUUCGGUCGUCCACUCUUUUUUCAGCUUUUAGUCGGUCUUUACACCAACUCCAACCCCAAAACAACCCCUUUUUCGUUUUCAAACGAAACCCCAACAAACAGUCAAGAUGCGUUUCGCUGUUGCCACCAUUGCCCUCGCUGGCGCUGCCAUGGCCCACGGCCACGAGGAGGCGGAGAGCACUGUUUACUCGACUGAGUUCUACACCAUCACGUCGUGCGCGCCGACCGUCACCGACUGCCCGGCCCGCUCGACUGUGGUCACGUCCUCGGUCGUCCCCAUGACCACCUCGACCGUCUACUCCACGACCACCCGGACCAUCACGGACUGCCCGGACACCGUCUCCCACUGCCCGGCUGACUCCACCACGGUCGUCACGGAGACCGUUGCCGUCUCGACCACCGUCUGCCCCGUCGGCGAGACCACCCCCACUACCACGGCCGUUGAGGUUCCGGAGACCACCGAGACCGAGGCCCCGGUCCCCACCGAGACUGUGAGUGCGUCCGAGACCGAGUCUCCUGAGGUCCCCACGGAGUCUGGCUCCGUCAUCCCUCCCUACCCGACCACGACUCUGGUCACCGCCGCCCCGGUCCCUGAGUGCCCCGGCACCUCGGUCAAGACCAUCAAGACCUCCAUCACCACGGUCAUCCCCACCAUCAUCUACGAGACCGUCGAGGUUCCCUGCUCGACUGCGGCUCCCACUCCCAGCUCUCCCUCGGCUGGCCUUCCCAGCCCCAGCAAGCCCGCCACCACCUCCCCGGUGACCGCUGGUGCUGCCAGCCUCGGCGGCUCUGCUCUUCUCGCCGCUGCUGCCGGCUUCGUCGCCCUCUUCGCUUAAAUUUACCCCUUCAGACCCUAUUCUUGGUAAAUAUCUUCACUUAUUAAAGAUGGGAGAGGGGGUGUUGGGCUAUGCGAUGCCUGUUGCUUGAUGGAAGGGGGUGGUCACAUUUGCUGUGGAUACGUCUUCUUCAGGUAGCGGAUUGAAUGGCAAUGAUACCUCUGUACCUCUAUUCUAAUCGCUAUUCUUUUACGGCGCUUCAUUCCAAUUGUGCCGUCGGCUGUCAUGAAUG